AUGAUUUAUAUAUCAAAACAAUCUCUCUCAUUUGCACAUGCAUGUAUAUAUGCAUAUGAAGUAAAAAGUUAACAAAGACUCUCAUCUUUGAAGACAACAACAACAAAGAGGGGGAUUGUACGGUGGUUGCGGAUGAUGAGGUGCCUCGAUUGUGGUAACAAAGCAAAGAAGGAUUGUUUGUACUAUCGGUGUAGGAGUUGUUGUAAAGGACAUGGAUUUAAUUGUCAAACCCAUGUCAAGAGCACUUGGGUUCCGGUUUCUACCAGACAGAUUCUUGUACGAAACUCAACAACAACUCCCUCUAUUGAACAACAACAAAUGAAUCUUUCAUCGUCAUCGGGGAUUGGAGGACAUUUUCCGAUGGAGGUGAGUGGUGAAUCUACAUUUACAUGUGUACGAGUGGCAACAACUUCAAGAGAAAAUGAAGUUGUGGAUCAAUAUGCAUAUGAAACAUCCAUAAACAUAGGAGGGCGUAUAUUUAGAGGCAUUCUAUAUGAUCAAGGGCCUUAUAGUCCAACGAUGGAUUUUCAUGACGUGAAUGUAAAUGCAGGAGAUCAUCGUCCAACCUAACUCACAAAGAUCGUUUCUAUUUGAGGUUAGAUCGAAGCCCUAGAAAGCCCACCGACCACAUUUUACUUCGUUCAUCAUCAUUGUUGCUUCGACUGCUAUCACCAUCUACAGCUUUCACCAUGACGCCUUCACUGACCAUCUUUGCCUUCACCACCACCAUAGAAGCACUAUGAUCUUAAAAUCUCCACUACCACUUCUCCCUUCUCCGACAUCGAUCACAUUGAAUCACUUUUAUUUUGAAUUCUAUUGUUGCUCACUGUCACUUCAUUUGCUAAGGUUUCAAAAAGUGGAAUCAACCACCAACUAUUUCCUUCUCCCCCACACACCAACAUAGAACUUCUUCUACAACCGAUUGGUCUAAAAAUGAGAUUGUAGCUUAUAACCUUGCUUCUAUAUAGGUGUGUCAAGAAACGAUUCCAGUAAAUAUACGGGUUUCAGCCUUUCAGGUAUCACUUAUUUCUCCACCCUCGCCUCUCACUAUUUCUCUCUUUAUCCAUGUGUUGUAUAAUUUUGUAACUGUAAUAUUGGUUUUUUCAUCCUAAAAUGAUAUGGCCGACUCUUGAAUUUUGAUUGUAUAGGAUUGUUGUAUUAUUGAACCUUCUGAAAUAGGGUUUCUAGAAUUCAACAACAUUGAUGUUUUUCACAUUCUCUCCAUCAAAGCCUUCUCCCCUACUGAAAAUUUAGGGCUCAAACAAGCUCAAUUUUUUCUUUAUUUGUUAGUUUUGCUUCCUUAAAGCUUGAAUUAUGGGAACAUUGGUCAAAUUGAGGCUAUGGUAGGAGAGUGGCCGCCUUCAUGGACUUUCGUCACUGUAGAUCCAUCUACAAAGCACCUUUAUGGAAUUUCUAUGGUUCAUCCUAUCAGAAUCAUAUGAAUUAUGGCUUCGAAUCCACUCUCAGGUAUGAAUCACUAUAAUUAAUAUAUACUUUCUUCACAUCUAAUCAUACUUUUAUUCAUUUUUCUGCCAUAAAUCCUAAUGGAAAUGGGCCAACCAUCCCAUAUUUCUCCAUAAAUAUAAAUAAAUUGAUCCAUGAGCAAUUAAAAGCACAGUUACAACCGGAUGGAAUCUUUAUCGUAUCCUUGGGUUUUGCUGUGAACAUUAACCAACUAUAACGCAUGGUAAGUCAUAACAGUCUGUUGACUAUGAACUCAAAAUGUGUAUUGAAGAAUUUAUAUAGGGCUCCAACUAAACCCCAGCUUAGUGUUGUGCUUGUAUGUGGUGAUAUAGGCAUUUGUGGGAUCCUGAACAAAUGACUUUGUUG